AUGAUUGAAACAAAUGAUGAAAUUAAAAUUGUACCAUAUGAAUCAAAGUAUAAAGAAAAUUUUAAAAAUUUAAGUGUUGAAUGGAUAUCACAAUAUUUUAAAAUGGAAGAGGAGGAUAUUAAAGUAUUGGAAAAUCCUGAAGAAAACAUUUUAAAUAAAGGUGGUCAUAUUAUAUUUGCAAUUUUAAAUGGAGAGGUCGUUGGAACAUGUGCACUUUUAAAAUCAGAAGAGCCUGAAAAGUUUUGUUAUGAGCUUGCUAAAAUGUCUGUAACACCAAAAGCAAAAGGAAAACAAAUUGGUUUCUUAUUAGGACAAUCAUUAAUCAAUAAAGCAAAACAAGAAUUAAAUGCCAAAAAAUUAUUUUUGGAAACAAAUUCAAUUUUAACACCAGCAAUUAAAUUAUAUGAAAAAUUAGGUUUUAAAUUAAUUCCUCUUCAUAGCUCAGUCUAUAGUCGUUGUGAUACAAUGAUGGAAUUAAUUAUUUAA